UUUAUAAUUAAAUCAUUGUUGUUUACAUUGGUGUUUAUCGUAUCACUAGCUAUUGGCCAAGAGCUUGAAGAUGAUGUUGAAUUGGUGCCAGCGAUCAAUACAUCACCAAAAGGCAGCUCAGGUAGUCUACCAGAUCUCCAUCCAAUGAUACCGUCCAUCAACUUUAACUUAGGCAACGACACGAUGCAAGUAUUUCGUACACUACGGGAUCGGAUCAGCUCCGGGUGGCAACAAAUGCGAGUCCAUUUACAGGACCGAUGGCAACGAUCCAUUGAGAAACUUCAGCGGAAAGCCGUCGAAUCGUUGGAUCGGUUGAACCGAUAUGUCGGGGACCGUAUUGACCGAUCCCAGGAUGAGUCGACCAAACAAUAUCUCAGACAAUUGCAGACUAGUAUCCAACAGAUUACCGAUGCUCUCCGWAAUCUGGUCACUAGUGUUGAGCGGAAACCGGGAACCAYUGGCAGCGGUUCGGGUAGUGAUAAUAAGCCAGAGAUUCAACCCGAGUAUACGGUCGAUGCCCGUAAUGAUGGCCAAUAAUAAUACAUAUUUUUUGUGUGUGUGUGUGUGUGUG